AUGGCAGCAUUUACUGUGCCACCUGGUGCUCCUGUCGGCCCUCAAGGAAAUGAAGAGAUGGACUCUCUGAUCGUACUGCAUUAUAAUUACACAGGAAAGCUUAUUUUAAGGGAAAAGGCAACUGAUAACAUAGACCUGUCCACUAUUGCAUUUCUGAUCCUGUGUAGUUUCAUAGUCCUGGAAAACCUGAUGGUGUUGAUUGCCAUAUGGAAAAAUAAUAAGUUUCACAACCGCAUGUACUUUUUUAUUGGCAAUCUAGCUCUCUGUGACCUUUUAGCUGGAAUUGUUUACAAAGUAAACAUUCUUAUGUCUGGGAAGAAAACUUUGAGCCUGUCCUCCACAAUCUGGUUCAUUAGGGAAGGCAGCAUGUUUGUUGCCCUUGGAGCCUCCACUUUCAGCUUACUAGCUAUAGCUAUUGAGCGGCAUUUGACCAUGAUUAAAAUGAGGCCUUAUGAUGCGAAUAAAAAAUACAGAGUGUUCCUUCUCAUUGGUACAUGUUGGCUUAUUUCAAUUUCAUUGGGUGCCUUGCCCAUCCUUGGCUGGAACUGUAUAAACAACUUACCAGAUUGCUCAACAAUUUUGCCUCUGUACUCCAAGAAGUAUGUUGUGUUUUGCAUUAGUAUCUUCAUAGCCAUUUUGGUUGCCAUUGUCAUCCUUUAUGCCCGUAUCUACAUCCUGGUGAAGUCCAGCAGCCGUAACGUCACUAACCACAACAACUCGGAGCGGUCCAUGGCUCUCCUUAGGACUGUCGUGAUUGUCGUUAGUGUCUUCAUUGCCUGUUGGUCUCCACUGUUCAUCCUGUUCCUCAUCGAUGUGGCCUGCAGAGUCAAGGAGUGCUCUAUCUUAUACAAAGCCAACUGGUUUAUUGCUCUGGCUGUCAUCAAUUCUGCAAUGAACCCCAUCAUCUACACUCUGGCCAGUAAGGAAAUGCGUCGAGCUUUCUUUCGCCUUGUUUGUGCCUGCCUGGUGAAAUCCAAGGUGGCCAGAUCUUUGCCUGUUCAGCCCACACCAGAUCACAGUCGAAGUAAAUCCAGCAGCAGCAAUACCCAGAAGCCAAAGGAAGAUUUCCCAGUGAUCAAUGUUCCCGCGUGUAUAGCUGAGAAAAAUGAGUCUUCAUUUCACAAUGGAAACUUCUGUAAGUAA